AUGUCUGUCGUUCCAAUUUAUUUGUUUUAUCUGUUGAAAUCAUUUACGCCGUUUUCACCAUUUCUAGUACCUUUUUUAAUAGAUGUAAAAAAAUUUAAAAACAAAGAGAUUUAUAACACACUCAAUGCAUAUUUUUUUAUAAGUUCACUAUUCGUUUCUUUAUUUGUUUUUUUAAUUGUUAGAUUUUUUGGAAAUAGUUUGUCAUUAUUUAUAGAUACUUUUAUAGAAAUUAUUGCCUGUUUUUUGUUGUAUAUUAUGGAUGAACGUAAUUUUAUCAUUGGUAAAUUGGUUUCAACAUUGCACGGUUCUUCUACCGCCUUAAAUUCUGUAUUAAAAUCAGUUAUAGUUAGCAAUGUAGGAAGCGACAAAAAUGAAAGGAAGCUAGUGAUGAAUAACAUUACAAUUGUAAAAUGUGUUUCUUCAGUUUUUUCCGCAUGGAUUGGACAAGAUAUAGUAAUAAGAACUGGAAAACACGAUUUAAAUCAAAUCAUUUCUUGUAUAACAUUAAUUUCAUCAUUAUUAAUGACUUUUUGUAUUAACCAAAAUAAGACACAACAAACAAAUAAGCUGUCAAUUUAUAAAGAAAUUUUAGAUAAUUGUGCUUUGUUUUUUGAUUUUGAAAUUUUAAGUCACUGUUUUUUAAGUAUUACAGCUAACAUUUUAGUUAUUUGUUUGGCCUUUUUUAGUGCUAAUGUCUUUAUAGAACGGAGAAAAUGUGGCAGAAAUAGGUUUAUCAAGUAUAUCUUCUGCAUAAUGGCACCCUUGAGAUAUAUUUCCUACAUUAUUAUAAAAAUUUGUAGCCUUUUUGUAAAACAAAUUAAAGAAAAUCAAGAAAAUGAAAUCGGAGAUAAAAAAGAAAUUGUCAUUCAUGGUUAUAUUGAUGGAAUUUCUAAAAUAUCCUCAGCAAUAAUAUGCUAUUAUAUGGGUAAAAUAAAGAUAGAGGAUAAUUUUAGGUAUCCUUUAUCUUUAGGAAUAACUAUUUUGACUAUUGCUAGUCUUUUCUGUUUGUAUAUUGUUAAUUCCUUAAGUUUGUCAUAUUUAUUUUUUACAAUUUCAUUUUCUUUAUCUACUAGUGUAAAAAUAAUACUUUAUGCAUCUUUUAAUUCUCACAAAUACAAAAAUUUCAUUUUCAGUUUAAAUAUGUUUAUAUCCUCUCUUAUUCAUGUUUUAUUAUCAUAUAUAUCAAUUUAUAGGAAAUCAAAUGUUAGAGCAAGGUUUAAAUAUUAUUUUUUUGUCUCUGUAUCAUUAUCAUGUUUAUCAUUAGUAUUUUUUCAAUUUAAAUAA